AUGUUUGGCUAUCGGCGAUUUAAGGUGUUGGGUACGUGGCUUCUCCAGAGUCACUAUCUGAUCAUUAUUGGGGCCGUCUACAUUGGAACAAUCGUGUGGUGUUUGAGUAUGUGGCCAUACUACCGCACCUCAUAUGCAUUUGGUUCUCCUCCCCUGGCCUUGCGUAGUGGGAUGAUGUCAGCGGCCAUGUACCCCUUCAUGUUUGCCAUGGCUCUCAAGUUCAACCCCAUCUCCCUGCUUACGGGCAUCUCUCAUGCCCAUUUGCAAACAUUUCACCAGGCUACAUGCAUCCUGGCCUUAAUUUUCGCGAUUAUUCACACGGCCGCGUUCGUAAAUUCACCUCUACGAGAGGGCGGUAUGAAUGCUCUCAAGGAAGUCUGGUCCGCACACUUCACGACAUACUGGAGCGGUACUGUUGCCGUAUUUUUUAUGCUCUGGCUCUGCCUUUCGAGUUUCGGAGUUUUCCGCAAAAUGUCCUACGAGUUCUUUGUGGUGCAACAUAUUACGAGUGCGGCCUUGUUCUUUGGAUUCUCAUUCGUGCACUUUGAAAACCUUCUCAAUUCGCAUAUCUGGCUGUGGGCUACGCUGGGUAUCUGGCUGCUUUCAAUUGUUGUACGCUCUCUUAUGGUGCUCUUUUCCUCCAACUUUUUCUGUGGCCCUCGCGCCAAGGUACGUGUCUUGACGCAAGUGGGCAAAGAAGAGAGUCUGGAUCAAGAACGACCCGCAGAAUUUCUGCGUCUGAGCUUCGAGACCCCACUUCGAUGGCAUGCGGGCCAACAUGUAUUCGUUCGCUUUCCCGGAGUCUAUCCAUGGCAGGCGCAUCCUUUUACAUGCUUGUCAAUUCCUAGCGCCUCGCCUCAUCUACCCAACAAACUGGUCCUGUUUGCCCGUGUGCAAAAAGGAAUUACUAGGCAAUUGUACGAUAUGACAGCUGGACACGGUAAGGAGCAUACUGUAAAAGAACGUCAAGCUCCUAUACUUGAAAAGACCAGUGACAUGAGCCCUGAGUCUGGUUCUAAUUCUAGUAUGGAUGGUUCCGUGGACAAUUCGCCGACCAAACAUAUUUUCCAGGACAAGCCGCUUCCUUUUGACCAGGAUACACGGGAAAUCACGGCGUACUUGGACGGUCCGUACAGUCACAACUACAGCCUGGGCAUGUACGAACACGCAGUGCUUGUGGCCGGUGGUUCAGGCAUCACAUUCUGCCUUCCUCAGGUAUCGGAGUUGGUGCGGCGCUCUGUCCAGGGCGACCCGAUUAUUACAAAAACCGUACAUCUUAUUUGGACCAUUCGGUCCUAUGAUAUGAUUCGUUGGAUCAAGGAGGAAUUGCAGCAGCUUGAUGACCUUACGCACAGGUCUGAUGUAUCUGUUCAAAUGCACGUGUUUGCGUCUCGUGAAAUGGUUGCCUGGAACGAGGAGCCUAUGCAUGACUUUUUGAAUGUGCACCAUGGCCUGAGGGCAGACUUUGUCUCUGAGUUAGACCAGCAAGUGUCCCAGGCCAUGGAUGCACAAUCCAGGACCAUGUGCAUUUUGGCCUGCGCCCCGAAAGAUCUUGUCUGCACGGUUGGCAAUAAGGUUUCUUCUUUGAAUGCUCGCAUUGCUAUGGGUGGUUUGGGUACCCUACGCGAUGUACGGUUCGUACCAGAGCUCUUCUCUUUCUAA